GUAGGUCUCAUAGCUACUGAGUAAUCCUGAGGUCGAGAGUUCGAGCCUCUCUCACCCCAUACACAUUUUUUUCCCACCUCUUGUCUGUCGCAUUGUUGACCUUUUUUCCUCAGUUUUGGCUCUUUCCAAUUCAGUAAUCUUCUUCUUACAUCCUCCCACGAUCUUUCUAAAAUCAGAAUUGGGAAACCCUAAUUACUUCCCUUCUUUUCAAUUCGUUUCUAUCUCACAAUUCAAUCUCAGAUUUGAUCAAAUGACUCACGGUGAAGUACAAUUGCAACCACCAGAUUCACAAAAGCUAAGCGACUCCGCUCCCUUACUAGGAACCUCUCCAUCAUCUUCAUCCUCUUCGCCUCCCUCUGCGUCCGAUCACGAGAUAAACGCCGAAGAAGAAGAUCUAGAGAGCGGCGGUUCAUCUCCGUGCUGUCGUAUCUGUCUAGAGAACGAUAGCGAUUCGCUAGGAGACGAAUUGAUAUCGCCGUGUAAGUGCAAAGGCACACAGCAAUUGGUGCAUCGCUCGUGUCUCGAUCAUUGGCGAUCGGUUAAGGAAGGGUUCGCCUUCUCUCAUUGCACUACUUGCAAAGCUCAGUUUCAUCUCCGUGUUGAGCCUUUUGAGGAUAACAACACGUGGCGGAGGAAAGCGAAGUUCAGAUUGUUUGUUGCUAGGGAUGUGCUUUUGGUAUUUGUAGCUGUGCAGACUGUUAUUGCUGUGAUGGCUGGAUUUGCAUACGUGAUGGAUAAAGACGGAGAGUUUCGCAACUCUUUCAACGAUGAUUGGGAUCGUAUUCUGUCCAAACAUCCCAUCCCCUUCUACUACUGCAUCGGGGUUGUAACCUUCUUUGUACUGAUUGGCUUUCUCGGACUCAUUCUACAUUGCUCUUCUCUCAACGGUAAUGAUCCGAGGAUGGAUGGGUGUCAGAACUGCUGUUACGGAUGGGGAAUCUUGGACUGUUUCCCUGCAUCAAUGGAAGCUUGUUUCGCUCUUGUGAUUGUCUUUGUUGUUGUCUUCGCUAUCCUUGGUUUAGCGUAUGGUUUUCUUGCUGCGACUAUGGCUAUUCAAAGGAUAUGGCAGAGACAUUACCAUAUUCUCACUAAAAGAGAGCUCACAAAGGAGUACAUUGUGGAGGAUCUUCACGGGUGUUACACUCCCCCGAAGCUGGAUGCAGAGCAUGAAGCAAGACUGAAGAUGCUGAAACUUAUGUGACCGUUCUUGAAUUGCAAAUAAAAGGUUAUAUAAUAUGGAGUUUCUGGCACAAGGACAUCUUUGUGCAAGGAGAGAAAGUCUUUCUUUUCUUUAUAAGUACCUAAUGAAUGAAUACAUUGUCCUUUUUCUUUUAUAGAUAUGAGAUGAAGCAGCCCUACUGCUUUAGUAGUGAAUACAAAAAAAAAUAUUGAGAUCCAAAGCUACAAGCAGAGCUUAUCAACGUUGUUCAUGUUUCAUGAAUCUUUAGCUGAUGUUUUUUC